AUGUUUUUCUUGUACAUCCUUGUAAAAAAGAGGAGGAGGUGGUGGAGGUGGAAGAGUAUUUUGACAAAACGAGGUGACAGGUUGACAGAAAUAUUUUCAUUUCAUACGCCCUACCUACCACGGUGGCCGAAAACCCCACCACCACCACCACAACCUUCCCUCGUACACAAGAGUUUCCUUAGUAGUAGUGCUCCGAUACGACGUACGGGGACGACGGAAGAACGUCACGGGGGGUGGGUUUCCCUGUUGAAAAUAGAUUUAAGGCCUUUUUAUACUCCGAGGUAUAUUGGUAACGGUUUUGACAAACGAUCGGCGGUGAAAAGGCUGUGUAGAAGAUUAGGGAGGUUUCUCUGGAUAAGACUGGAGAAGUCUGGAGAAAACUGGAGAACUAGAAUAGUCUGGAUAAGCCUAGAGAAUUCUAAAAAUAUCCUUGAGAAAACUGGAGAAUUCUGGAGAACAUUCUGGAGAAGACUGGAAAAUUCUGGACAAGACUGGAGAAUAUCCUGGAAAAAUCUAGGAAAAAAUUAA